AUUCUCAGCAGUUUAGUACGUUCUUUCGUUUCAUCCGUUACUAUUGAUGACUCUGCGAGCUCCUUUCCUAGAUUUACGAAAUCCUACCUAGUAGGCACACAUCAAAAUAACGUCCAAAUUUGAACAAAAGUUAAUUAAGAAUAAUUAAUGUAAUGAGGAGAAAAUGAUGGAAAAGCAACGGACUAAUAUCACGGACUGAUGGCGACAUUUUAUAAUGUUGAAAAAAUUUGACCUCAUGACUAUUUUUGGCCUAUCGUGCAUAUCCUAGCGAGGAGACGACGGAAAAGAAAGGAAGUGUAAUUCGGUCGAAGCGACAAAUCGUAAGGCUAAACGAUGGCAAUGAACUUGACGACGACCACGACCGUACCCGGUUACUACAACAUCAGUAACAUCACCGAGGAGUGCGGCCAAAAGUUCCCCACAUGUGACCUGACUCGUUUCAUCAUCUACGGGGUAUUGACCAACCUGAUAGGUGUCUUCGGGAUUUUGGGUAACACCGUUUCGAUGAUUGUCCUGUCGCGACCGCAAAUGAAGUCAUCCAUCAAUUUCCUGCUGAUCGGACUAGCUAGCAGCGACAAUAUGCUGAUUAUCACCGCGAUACUGAUUUUCGGACUAACAGGGAUCGACACAUGCGGAAUAACGCUGUUCUAUAACUACAGCACUUUCGUCCUUCCGAAAAUCUUCAAGCUGGUGUUUUUGUUAAUCUGCACAGCGCGGAUCGCAACGGUGUAUCUGACGCUGGCGGUGACCGUGGAGAGGUACAUCGCGGUCUGCCAUCCGCUGAAAGCCAGAUCAUUCUGUACUUACGGACGGGCGCGGAUGGCGGUGCUAGUUAUAACGGUUUUCUCCUUUCUUUACAAUCUACCAAAGUUCUGGGAAGUCGAAUUGCACGAACAGAUACAUUGGAAGUACAACAUUACGGUAUACUGCAUGUCGGUGAGCGAGUUGAGGAAAAACGCGUACUACGUCCACCUGUACAUAAACUGGUUGUAUUUAAUCGUGUAUAGCCUGUUUCCGUUCGUCUCGCUGGUGAUCUUUAACACGGCCAUAUAUCGACGGGUCAAGCAAGCAAACAAGGACCUUAAAAAAUUAUCGCAUCAACAGCGCAGCGAGAUCCGUUUGGCGACGAUGCUGCUAUGCGUGGUAAUAGUCUUCUUGAUCUGCAACAUUUUGCCGUUAAUCUCAAACAUCUUCGAGACUUUCGUCGAGGGUGGACCGCCGUCGUUGAUGGUGAGGUUCGGUCAUUUUCUGGUGUUCGUCAACAGCAGUAUUAACUUUAUCAUCUACAUAAUCCUCGGUGAGACAUUCAAGAAGACAUUCCUCAAGAUCUUCUUGUCAUGCUGGCGACAAAAGCAAAAAUUCAGGCAGGAUAGCAUCGAGUCUCAGACGACGAACGUGUCGAUCGUCAGCAGUACGAGCAACAUCGAGCUGGACUCAGUCAAUCAUCUUAACCACAGCAAUACCAUCAACAGCAACAACAUCGUACACAGCAACGUCGACAUGUCGAACGGCGGUACCAGUGAGAGCGUCAAGCUAUCCAGACUGGUUAACUCCGAGUCCUGUCUCUAUUAUGCGGUGAAGAGUCCCAGUCAAAUGUCAAGAACGUUGAACGGUUACAACGCCUGGGGCAGCAGGAAAAGGAACCACCGUUCCACGUUGUAGCGGAUGUGAUCAUUCCACUCGUUGUUAUCCAACCAGAAGUCAAUCGGUCAGAUGUAGUUUGUAUAUUUAUAUAUCCGCUGGUUGGGAAAGAAUGGAAAGGCAAGAGCGAUUUCGCGUUGCAGAUGCGCUGCUGGACAGCGUUUAUUAUAUUUCCUUUGAGAUAAACUCGGAUCAGUCCACUCUCUUAUGUUUGAACGCUGUAAUCCUACGGGAUAGCGCGAUUUCGAUAUAAGAAAAAUGGUCGUUAAGGAUAAUAGUUCCUGUUUCUUCACAGCAUUCAGUGUUAUUAAUAUUGUAUAUAUAAUAUGGCGGAUAGUUACGUUAAAGGCUGUAAAAGUAGAAAAGAUAGCAGAUAAUGGUAGUUGGAAGAGUGAAACAUUAGUAAUGGGAACAGUCUACACUCCGUGAAAUUAUCGGCUGCCAAUAAUACUAAUACGACCACGUUUACUAAUAAUUGUAGUAGAAGAUGGAUAGAUGACUGGCUGCCGGUCGUUAUAGAAACCAUGGAAGAGUAUCAAGCUACAAUUUUUUUCCUCUUUGCAUAAUAGAUGGCCUCGAUAAAUCUUUCUUUAAGUCGCAAUAUAGAGAAAUGGCCAAAAGUUUUUCAUAGCAUCAGAAAAGCACAAUAGACUGAAAUACGUCAUUUUUAUGACUUAUCAUUCGAUGUUAUUAUGAUGUAGCAAAAAUGGCAUCAAUGAAUUUUGACAGAAUCACGUCACAGGUACGUUGAAAUGAUCGAUCGGCAAGUACUAAUGAUGUUUAUAGGCCGAAAGACUUAAGUGGCAACUUAUGUAGCAAGAUGACGUCAAAUGAUGUUUUAAUGGUGUCUCUAACGUCAAAAAUUCGCCAUUAAAACGUAAUUUCACGUCAUUUUGCUGCUUGGGAAGUAACAUUAUUUUGAUGUUAUUUUGUUAGUUGGGAUAUUUAGACAUGUGCAUUGUCUGGAUUUCUACGUCGUAAGAUGUUGCUGCCUUGACUAACAAUUAUUUUGAUAUUAAAAUAGCUAUGGAAAGUGUUCAAAAUGUAGUAAAACGUGUUUGUAAAGUGUGGGAGACAUGAAUAAUAAGCAGUAUGAACAAUGUAUAUAUUCAUGCAUAAGGAAUGGUAUAAAAGGUGGUUACGCAUUCCAAGCAUCAGUAGUAUAGUACGUUCCAUCGUCUCAUCCCGUAUUAUUAGCAAUUCUGCGAAUUUGUAAGUACAUACCGUUUUGGUUACAACUUUUUCUUUCUUAAUAAUAUUUUCCACACAUCUCUUUGCUUUUGUAUUUCUUUUGUACAUUUGUGAUAUAUGAAAACAUAACUAGUAGGCAUAUAUCAAAACAAUGUCAAAAUUUAGUUAGAAGAUAGCCAAAAAUAACCAAUAUAAUAACAUGAAAAUGACAGAAAAGCGACAGACUAAUGUCGACACAGACUGAUGACGACAUUUCAAGACGUUAAAAAGCCGUGACUUCAUGAUCUUUUUGGCCUUUUAUUGACUUUUAAUGAUAAUUUAAUAACUCCAGAAUCUUCCCAGCUAUUGUGCUUUUCUGAUGCUCUAAGAAAAUUUUAGGCUUUUGUUUGCGUUGAGAAAGACUUAAAGAAAAACUUACUGAGAUCAUAUAUCAUACACAGAAAAUAAAAAAAAUUGUCGCUUCAUGUUGAAAAAAUGUUUUGCACAAACGCAAAAUGCCGGAAAAAUUGUGUUAUAAAUGUAGAAGUAAGAAGGAAAAGAUAAGAGGAAUAUUACGUAG